AUGGCCACUGCAAAUACCCCAGACUUCAACAAGGUCCUCUACCAGCCUUUGGCGGAGAUCGACCCCGAGGUCAAGAACAUCAUCGACAAGGAGACAUGGAGACAGUUUACCGGUCUUGAGCUCAUCGCUUCGGAGAACUUGACCAGUCAGGCCACCAUGGAGGCCAACGGUUCCAUCUUGACCAACAAGUACUCGGAGGGUCUCCCAAAUGCCCGUUACUAUGGUGGUAACGAGUACAUCGAUGAACUCGAGGUGCUUUGCCGCAAACGUGCUCUCCAGGCUUUCAACCUCGACCCCGCAAAGUGGGGCGUCAACGUUCAGCCUUACUCGGGUAGCACUGCCAACUUCGCUGCUCUCACCGCUCUAAUUCAACCCAACGACCGCCUCAUGGGUCUCGGCCUUCCAGAUGGCGGACAUCUCACCCACGGAUACUAUACCGCGAAGAAGAAGAUGACCGCUUCGUCCAUCUACUUCCAGUCUCUUCCUUACGCCAUCACCCCCCAAUCCAACCUUAUUGACUAUGCUGGACUCGCUGCCCAGGCAAAGAUCUUCAAGCCCAGACUUAUUAUCUGCGGUGCCUCUGCUUACCCCCGUGACUGGGACUACGCUGAGCUGAAGAAGACGGCAACCAAGGAGGGUGCAUGGCUCAUGGCUGAUAUCGCCCACACCAGCGGUCUCAUUGCUGCUCAGGAGCUCAACAACCCCUUCGAAUACUGCGAUGUUGUCACUACCACUACCCACAAGACUCUUCGCGGUCCCCGUGCCGGUUUGAUUUUCUUCAGGAAAGACCUCGAGAAUGCUGCUGACCUCGAGAAGCGCGUCAACGAUGCUGUCUUCCCUGCUUGCCAGGGUGGACCCCACAACAACACCAUCGCUGCCAUCGCCACCGCUCUCCUCCAAGUCUCGAAGCCCGAGUGGAAACUCUAUGCCAAGCAGGUCAUCUCCAACGCUCGCACACUCGCCGCUGCUCUCGUGUCCCACGGCUACAGACUCCAAACUGACGGUACCGACAACCACCUCGUCCUCUGGGAUCUUCGCCCCAUUGGUCUUACCGGCAGCAAAGUCGAGAAGGUCUGCGAUCUCAUGGGCAUCACCAUCAACAAGAACGCUGUUUCCGGCGACGCGUCCGCCCAGGUCCCCGGUGGAAUCCGUCUCGGCACAUCCGCGCUCACCUCGCGCAACAUGAAAGAGGAGGACAUCAAAGUCGUCGCCGAGUUCCUGCACCGCGCUGUGCAGCUCUCGCUCCUGCUCCAGAAGGAGGCCGGCUCGAAGCUGCUCAAGGACUUUGUCCGCGUCGCGACUGUGCCCCAGGAGGGCCUCGAGGGGUACAAGCAGGUGAAGCAACUCAGGGAGGAGGUCAUCGCGUUCGCUAGCAAGUGGCCGCUUCCUGGUGUCGACGUCACGACGCUCACUAAGCCCGAGGGCCUGCAUGAGUAA